AUGUACCCGAUGAAGCGGAUGAUGAAGUACAGUGGACCGGAAUUUGGUUUCACAAUCGGGGGAUGCAUUGGUGCCAUUUUGGCAGCGCUGGUCAAUCCGGGAUUUGUUCUGCUUUAUGCUGAAAUAUUCAAGCUGUUUACAGAUCCGACUAUGACACCGCAACGACUGUUGGACAGAUCGGAGUUCUAUGCCGGUAUGAUGAUCAUUCUCGCUUUGGGCUUUAUGGUCGGGAUGUCAAUGGAAGAAAUCGGUUGGUUCGAUAGACAGGAAAACCAAUCCGGUGUGCUGACUACUCGACUGGCCACAGAAGCAUCCAUGGUUCGCACUGUUUCUGGAUUUCAACUCGCUGUCAUUCUGGAGGGUUCGGUGUUGAUUCUCUCCGCGUUCGUGAUCGGAUUUGUGGACUGUUGGCAAGUCACGCUGCUUCUUCUGGCCUUUGUUCCGUUCAUGAUAGUCGGUGGAAUUUUGGAGGCAAGUUUCUUCCGCACACAGAGGAUGCUAAAAUUUCAACGUUUUUAA